AUGCGCAUCACGUUCUGUCAGGGGGUCCUAGCGCUCGCCAUUGUCAUCAAUCUGCUGAUACUGUACUACGUCUCGAGGCUGCAGCAGCGGAUGUUGCACAGACACAGAGACCACGUCCAGCCUAGCUCCCGGCUGCUGCCUGUCCCCCAGAGGCCCGGGGUGACCGUCAUCAUCAGGGAGUUCGAGGACUUUGAGAACUACGUCCCUGAUGUGGUGCAGUCCUUCCUGAAACAGAAGCCGGAGCAACCAGUCAUGGUGGCAGCGGAUACCUUGCCGUACCCUCCGCUUGUAUUACCGGAUGCUCCCAACGUCCAGCUCGUGAUCCUCAAGCCAGCCCCUGACCAGCCUGCCCAUGUGUCCAGGCCUGAUAUGUACGUGAAGACGGAGUAUGUGGCCCUGGUGCCUGAUGGGGUCAAGGUUGAUUCCACAAGGCAGCUGGAUCGCAUGUUAGAAGAGUUCAAAGCCAACCAGGGCAGAGUUCAAAUGGUGGCAGCGCCCGUGCAGUCCCUCACUCCCCUCCAGUGCUUGAACCUAAAGGUCAGCCUUAGAAAGUGGACUGCCGAAUACAGCGUAGCGCCUUCCACCAGGCUCUGCACAGCUCUGAAGGGAGAUGCCGUGAUUCUGCUACGCACAAAGGAUCUCUUCAACCUUUCCACUCCCUUGGCCAAGCCCCUGCUGACCUCCCUCUUCAUCCAGACAUCGCUGCGGGGCUGGACGGUCCGAAUCCUUGACGUCUCCUUCUCCUCAGCCCACCAGCCUCUGCUCAGCUCCUCGCACAACCAAUGGAAGGCAGAGAACCGCGCCAAAGCCAGUCGGCUGCAGCUCUUCCGAGACUUCGGCAUCAAGCGGGUUCUCCUGGAGGAUGGGAAGCAGCAAUGGUUUGGGUGCAGCAAAGAGACGCCGCGUUGCUUCGGCACCGUCCAUGAUGAUACGCCGGAAUAUCUCUACCAGAACCGCUGGACCCCGCCUUGCUGUCUACAGGCCCUGAGGGAGACGGCAAAGUACGUCAUCAACAUCUUGGAGACCUCCGGGGUGCGGUACUGGCUGGAAGGUGGGACGCUACUAGGAGCUGCCCGACAUCAGGACAUCAUCCCAUGGGAUUAUGACGUGGAUCUAGGGAUAUACCUGGAGGAUAUUCCCAACUGCGACCUCCUCAGGAACGUAGAGUCUGGCUCCAUCGUGGACGAGAAGGGCUUUGUUUGGGAGAAGGCCAUCGAGGGCGACUUCUACCGUGUGCAGUACAGCGAGCACAACCACCUGCAUGUUGACCUCUGGCCCUUCUACUCCAAGAACGGGCUGAUGACCAAGGACACGUGGAUGGACCACCGGCAGGACGUGGAGUUCCCGGAGCACUUCCUCAAGCCCCUGUUACCCCUGCCGUUUGCUGGCUUCACGGUUCUGGCGCCCAACAACUACCGGAGCUUUUUGGAGCUAAAGUUCGGCGCAGGUGUGAUCGAGAAUCCGGAGUAUCCAAACCCAGCCCGGAAGAAGCUGGAUAAGGGGAAAUAA